AUGGCAUCGGCGCCCCACCUGGUGUUCCUGGAUAUAGAAAUGCCCGGCGGCAAUGGUUUUGACCUGUUGCGGAUGUUCACAAAGAUCGAUUUCGAAGUUGUUUUCAUUACUGCCUAUAAUCAAUACGCUGUUCGGGCUUUUCGCGAACAUGCAUUGGAUUACCUGCUGAAACCGGUGGAUAUUGAUGCAUUGCAGGAAGCCGUGGCCCGGGCAGAACAGCAAUCCGGGCUGAAGGAAACCGGUCAUAAACUGGAGCAAUACCUGCAGCAACCGCAGGGGACGGGCAAGAUCUCAAUUCCGGUACAAGAUGGGUAUCUGUUCAUCAAUAGCUAUGAAAUUGUGCGUUGCGAAGGUGCGGGCAGUUAUAGUCUCUUCUACCUGGCCAACGGGAAAAAGCAAAUCGUAAGUAUGCGGCUGAAGGAGUGUGAAGAGCUAUUGCCAGCCACCCAGUUUUUCCGUGUGCACAACUCUCAUAUUGUGAACCUGAAAUACGUAGCCCGUUACGUCCGCGGGCGCGGCGGUAAUAUCCAGAUGCUGGACGGCAGCAUGGUCGAUGUAUCGGUGAGCCGUAAAGAUGCUUUCCUGGAAAUGAUGCGGCGGCAUUCCUAA